UAUAGUUCUUAGUAGUCAGAACAUAAACCCACGCGCGGAUCGGAUCACGUGAAGGAGUAAACGAUUUCCACGCCUUCUCCUCGGAAGUGGCGAGGACCGCUAAUUUAUCGCCGUGGUUUUCCAUUUCCUCGGUUCCCUCCCUUCCCUCCAAAUCGCCGAUACGGUGAUACCAAUUGUCCCCAGAUUCCGACAAUCCCCACUCUUUCCUCUCUCCACCCUCGGCUCCCGACAAGAAAAAAUUCUGCCUCAGGUCCCGCUCAACCAGAUAAUGGUUCGAGGAAGAGAUGCCUGUUGGGAGCACUGUGUCCUUGUUGAUGCAACUAGACAGAAGGUUAGGUGUAAUUAUUGUCAACGGGAAUUCAGUGGAGGGGUAUACAGGAUGAAAUUUCACUUAGCUCAAAUAAAAAACAAAGAUAUAGUGCCCUGUUCUGAAGUCCCAGCUGAUGUGCGAGACCAUAUCCAAAGUAUACUAAGCACUCCCAAGAAACAGAAAACUCCCAAAAAAACAAAGGUGGAUCGUGCAGCAGCAGCCAAUGGUCAACAAAAUAGCUCUUCUGCUAGUGGUGGCUUCCAUCCUAACCAUGAAUCUAGCGAGCAGAAUGGAAGCUCCUGUCCGUCUUUGUUAUUCCCACACCCUUCACCCAGUGGACAGCCAGCAGUAGAUGAUGCUCAGAAGCAAAAACAGGAUGACGCCGAUAAAAAGGUUGCUGUUUUUUUCUUCCACAAUUCUAUUCCUUUCAGUGCUGCUAAAUCCAUGUAUUAUCAGGAAAUGGUAAAUGCUAUAGGGGAGUGUGGGGUUGGCUACAAAGCCCCAAGUUCUGAAAAACUGAGAUCUACUCUUUUGGAGAAAGUGAAAGGUGAUAUACAUGAAUGUUACAAGAAAUAUAGAGAUGAAUGGAAAGAAACAGGCUGCACAAUCUUGUGUGAUAGCUGGUCUGAUGGAAGGACAAAAUCACUUGCAGUGUUUUCAAUUACAUGCCCAAAGGGGGCUCUAUUUUUGAAGUCUGUUGAUGUAUCAGGUCGUGAAGAUGAUGCUGCUUACUUGUUCGAGCUGCUUGAGUCCGUGGUUUUUGAAAUUGGUGUAGAAAAUGUAGUUCAAGUUAUAACCGAUGCCACAGCCAGUUAUGUUUAUGCAGGAAGACUUCUUAUGUCCAAGUACAAUUCAUUGUUUUGGUCUCCUUGUGCUUCCUAUUGUGUAGAUAAGAUGCUAGAAGAUAUUGGUAAACAAGAGUGGGUGGCUACAGUAUUGGAGGAGGCAAAGAGCAUCACAAGGUAUAUUUAUAGUAAUGCAUGGACUUUGAAUAUGAUGAAAAAAUUCACCUGCGGAAGGGAGUUGAUCAGGCCAAGAAUGACCAGAUUUGUGACUAAUUUUCUCUCCUUGAGGUCCAUUGUGAUCCAGGAGGACAAUUUGAAGCACAUGUUUUCUCAUACUGAUUGGUUGUCCUCCAUAUAUAGUAAAGGUCUCGAUGCACAAGCCAUGAAGUCCUUGUUGAAUUUAGAUAGAUUUUGGAAGUAUGCACAUGAAGCUGUAAGUGUUUCUGAACCACUAGUUAAAAUCUUACGGAUUGUUGAAGGGGACAUGCCGGCUAUGGGGUAUAUAUACGAAGGGUUAGAGAGGGUGAAGGUUGCAAUCAAGACAUAUUAUAAGGGUUGUGAAGAGAAUUACAUGCCAAUUUGGGAUAUAAUUGAUCGAAGAUGGAACAUGCAGCUUCACUCUUCCUUACAUGCUGCAGCAGCGUUCCUUAAUCCUUCUAUUUUCUACAAUCCAAACUUUAAGAUUGAUCUGCGGAUGAGGAAUGGGUUUCAAGAAGCUAUGUUAAAGAUGGCUACAACGGAUAAAGAUAAAAUGGAAAUCACUAAAGAACAUCCCAUAUACAUCAAUGCGCAAGGUGCUCUUGGGACUGAUUUUGCAAUCAUGGGAAGGAUACUGAACUCCCCAGGUGAUUGGUGGGCAGGAUAUGGUUAUGAGAUCCCCACACUCCAGAAAGCUGCAAUACGGAUACUGAGCCAACCUUGCAGUUCCCAUUGGUGUAGAUGGAACUGGAGCACUUUUGAGAGCAUACAUACCAAGAAACGGAGCAGAGUGGAGCUGGAAAAAUUCAAUGAUAUGGUUUUUGUGCACUGCAAUCUUUGGUUGCAAGCCAUUUGUCGAAGUAGAGAUGGAAAAUGUAAACCCAUUAUCUUUGAUGAAAUAGAUGUUAGUUCUGAGUGGCCCACUGAGUCGGAACCUUCAGCUCCAUUUUUGGAUGAUUCAUGGCUGGAAAUACCCCUUGAAUGCAGGGGUAGCCCCUGAGCUUGUUUAUAAAGAUAAAAUAGAGAACAUCUAUUGAAUGACCAGUAAAUUAAGUGUAUAUAAAAGUCGUGCUUGAUAGUUAUAUGAGUACGUACUGCAAUAUGAUUAGUUAUUA